AUGAGCCCUGAUCUAGUAAACACUGAACCGAAACAUUCAAAGGAACGUUCAACGGAAGUAUAAAUUAAACCGUGUAAAUUAAAUCUGACCAUGAAUGUUCAAUAUUCUUUCUUGAAAUCUUCAUCGAACUCGAUACGUACCGUCCAAUUGAAAUUCCACUGACGUUGUUUUAAAUCCACGAAAGGGCAAUCCAUUGCCCGUGGUGCCAUCACUUCCCCGCCGUUCAUUCUUCACAAGCCACAUGUGUCCCUCCGCAUUUCUCAAUCCACAACUUGUCGCCGGCGAUCUAAGCGGUUGUUCUCGCCGCUAGCCAACAACGGCUCGCGGCGAUGAGACUUAUGAAAGGGGCCGAAAUUCUCGAAAAGAUGGUUAUCAGUCCCGGGGCCGUUUCGCAAUAAGAGAACGAGCGUUGCCCGUGGAGCGUGUAACCCCCCGACAGUCGUAUGUAUCUUGGGAGAGCUGGCCGCGGCGCGGCUACGCCGCACCACGUCAGGGACGAGAUUUAGAGGCCGCGACGGUGGACAAUGCACGACACCUGCAGGCACUUCUCGAAAAAGAAGAAGUCAAAGGAGGAGUGGCGAACGAAGGAGUACGAAAAGAGUACGGGAGAAAGACGAGAAGGUACCGGGAGGAACGAGCUACAUCGUUCCGGUGCGAGAGCACGAUGCAUGGAAAAACGCUUAUUCAACAAAGGGACACAAAUCAAACAGCCAUGAAUCGUGGGACGGGUGCUCUUCUCGCCCAAAACUCGAACGUUCGGUCAACGAUUCCCGGGAAGAGGGAGCCUAGCAGCAUCCGGUCAUGCGAUCCUUCGCCCGUCCGAUGGAAAAUCAAUUACACAGCCGAUGGUCGGCUCCCGGAAAGGAUUUUCGGUAGUUUAGGAUCCAAAAGUGCACGCGGUGAUGCAAACUAUUCCGACGCGAAAAGGCAACACAGAUCAAGAGGACGAAAGAAAUCGUACGACAGGAAGAGUAAGAGUGAGAGAGACAAGGAGGGAAGAUGGAACGAGUUUUCUUGUCGGAAUAUUACACGUCCAAUUAUAUCUUACACGACGAGGCACAUAAAUUCAGAACAUUUAGCCUGGCAGUCAGGACGAGCAAGUAAUCACUGGAACGUAAAUAUGGUCGUGUCCCCAACUUCGAAACUAAACGUCCCGCUCGAGUAUAAUUUCUCUGUCGUCGUCAAAGGACAUUGCAACGCGUUUCAUUCCUUUUUUGUGCCUGCAACAAAUAAAAUGUGCCUGCUGCCGAAUUGUACGCCGGAGCAACAACAAAGACAUUCAUCGGGAGGCUCGGUGCAAUUAAUAUUGUAA